UGACGUAUGACAACUGUCAAAGUCAAGUUAAGUCGUUCCGUCUCAUGAAGCUUAGGAUCAGAAUUUGUACUUUUUGCAAUAAACACUAUAAGGGGAAGACAGUAGUUUCUGAAAAAGCUGCCUAUACCGCAGGUGCUCAUCUUAAACACAUUUGAAAGUUAUUCAUAACAUUACUAUUAUGGCUUCGCCGUCACCUAAAUCGCCGGAACAAAGUGAAAAGACGAAGCAGUACGACCGGCAACUUCGUUUAUGGGGAGACCACGGUCAAUCAGCUCUUGAACAUGCACAUAUCUGUUUAAUAAACGCCACAGCCUUGGGUACUGAAAUAUUAAAGUCUAUAGUAUUACCUGGCGUUGGUGCAAUCACUAUAGUUGAUGAUAAAAUAGUGAGCGAUGAAGAUAUCGGAAGUAACUUUUUCUUGGAGUGUUCUAGUAAAGGCUUGAACAGAGGAUCAGAGACGCUGCGACUAUUACUGGAACUAAAUCCAGCAGUUCAAGGUCAUGCGGUGCAGGAACCCCCAGACCAAAUCCUCAAGGAAAACCCAGAUUUCUUUAGGACCUUUAGUGUAGUUAUAGCUACUACACUUGGAGAAACAACUAUACAAAAUCUAGCUCAACAUUUAUGGGAUGUUAAUGUCCCCUUAAUUCUAUGCAGGUCAGUUGGGUUUUUAGGAUCUUUUAGAAUUCAAAUGAGGGAACAUGCUGUAAUUGAAACCCACCCAGAUAAUGAACAAACAGAUCUACGCUUAGAUGCACCAUUUCAAGCUUUGUCAGACUUCUUAGAUAGUUUUGAUAUUGAUACUGUUGAUUUGAAAGACCAUGGCCACAUACCAUGGAUUGUAAUUGUAUACAAAGCAGUCAAAAAAUGGCAAAUUGAUAAUCAGAAUCGCUGGCCAUUGAGCAGGAAGGAGAAAAACGAGAUCAAAGCUAUUAUUGAAAGUUUUAUAAGAAGAGAUGAAAAUGACAGCCCAAUUAAUGAAGAAAACUUUGAAGAAGCUCUUAGAGCAGUAAAUACAGCUCUAAUUCCUACAUACUUGCCUGCAAAGAGUCAAGAGCUUUUAUACUGUAGUGCAGCUACAAAUCUAACUAAAGAAAGUGCCCCAUUCUGGAUCAUGUGCUCAGCUUUGAGGGGAUUUGUAGAAGGUGAAGGAAAAGGUAAACUUCCUGUGAAAGGUGUCCUGCCAGACAUGACUGCAUCAACAGACCAUUACAUCAAGUUACAAAACUUGUACAGGACACAAUCUUCAAUGGAUGCAGAAAUUGUGUACAGGAAAGUGCAACAAAUUGUUGCCCAAUUACACUGUGAGAACAUCAGUGAGGCUGAUGUGAAAUUGUUCUGCAGGCAUGCACACGAUUUACAUCUAAUUAGUGGAUCAAGCAUUGUUUCCGAGUAUCAACUGUCCAGUUCUGUGGCUUCUUAUAUAGCCAGGUACCUAGAAGAACCUGAUGUUAUGAUGGUCCAUUACAUAUUGCUAAGAGCUGCAGAAAUGUUUGUAUCAGAACAUUGCAGAGCUCCAGGUGAUUGGGAACCGGAAGGUGAUAUUGCAAAGCUAAAGGCUUGUGUGACCAAGCUCCUCAGUGAUGUCUCAUGCACUCCAUUCCCAAAGGAUGAUCAUGUUCAUGAGAUGUGCCGGUAUGGGGGUGCUGAAAUACAUAGUGUAUCAGCCUUUUUGGGAGGCUGUGUGGCUCAUGAAGCCAUAAAAAUUGUUACCAAACAAUACAAACCAGUCAACAAUACAUUUAUAUAUGAUGCUGCUUCAACCAACACUGCUACAUUUACAUUUUGAAUAAAUACUCAAUAAAUAAUAAAUUAUUCGAAAAAU